UGUCUGUGGAUGGUUCGGCAGUGAGUCUCCAGCUGCUGAGCGGAGCGGAGCGCACGGCGCAGCGGACACGUCAAACUCGUCCCUCCGCCGGAUUCUCGGUUACUCUGCCGUUCAUGUCAUUGGGAAUCUUUGGACGGAGGACACGGGGACAUGGAGGGACAGGGACAGCGAUGUUCUCGAUCUGUACGGGGAGUUAUGUCUCUCCUUUUCCUCGCUGUGCUCCUGGAGCGCGGGACCGCCGGUAUGCCCCCUUUUUUUCACCUCCAUCAACUUUGUAAAUUCUGUGACGUGGAGAUCUCCACCUGUAGUGGUACAGGGACCUGCCUGUCCAACUGCUCCAUCACAUCCACCUGUGUUGACAGGAACGAGGUCUGUGUCUCUAUCUGGAGGAAGAAUGAGACAGACUUCUCCAUUGAAACUCUGUGUCAUGACCCAUCCAAGCCACUUUACGGUGUUUUGGUGGACGACUACAACAGCUCCACCUGUGUGAUGAAGGAAAAGAACACAACAAGUGGAAUGGCUCACUUCUGCUCCUGUACUGAAGAGGAGGAGUGUAACGAGAAACUGUUGUUCACUCCCAUUGUGGAUCCGACUCUGGACGAUCCCUUGGUGUCAGUGAUUCUGGUGAGCCUGCUGCCCUUGCUGGUGAUGGGGAUUGUAGUUGUGGGAAUGUUCUACUGGUAUCGAACUUAUCGCAAACGCAUAACCCAAGAGUGGGAGAGCAGCAUGAAGAAACGCAAGCCAAAAGCUGGUGGGCUGGACUGUAGUGAUGCAUGUGCCAUCAUGAUGGAUGACGAUAGGUCAGACAGCAGCUCGACGCACGCCAACAACCUGAACCACAACACGGAGCCACUGCCUAUUGAACUGGAUCAACUGGUGGGAAAGGGUCGUUUUGCCCAGGUAUAUAAAGGUAAGCUGAAACAGACCACCUCGGAUCAGUUUGAAACAGUAGCUGUGAAGAUCUUCCCCUAUGAGGAGUACGCCUCCUGGAAGAACGAGAAGGACAUCUUCUCAGAUACAGACCUCCGACAUGAGAACAUCCUCCACUUCCUGACAGCUGAGGAGAGGAAGGUGGAGAAACAAUACUGGCUCAUCACUGCCUUCCACAACAGAGGAAAUCUACAGGAGCACCUGACGCGUCAUGUGAUCAGCUGGGAGGAGCUGCAGGUGCUGGGCAGGUCUCUAGCACGAGGAGUUGCCCACCUCCACAGUGACCGCCUUGUCUGUGGACGCCCUAAGGUGCCUAUAGUUCAUCGAGACCUGAAGAGCUCCAACAUCCUGGUGAAGAACGACCUGACAGUGUGCCUGUGUGACUUUGGGCUGGGACUCCGUUUAGACAGCAGUCUGUCUGUCGAUGACCUUGCCAACAGUGGACAGGUGGGUACGGCACGUUACAUGGCGCCAGAGGUGCUGGAGGCCCGGCUUAAUCUGGAGAACAUUGAGUCUUUCAAACAGACCGACAUUUACUCCAUGGCCCUGGUGCUUUGGGAGAUGACAUCGAGGUGUGAAGCUAUUGGAGAGGUGAAGGACUAUGAGCCUGCGUAUGGCUCGAAAGUGCGAGAGCACCCCUGUGUGGAGAGCAUGAAGGACAACGUGCUGAGAGACAGAGGAAGACCUGAGAUCCACGACAGCUGGCUCAAGCAUCAGGGCGUGGCUGUGAUCUGUGCUACCAUUAUGGAAUGCUGGGACCAUGACCCAGAAGCCCGGCUCACUGCUCUCUGUGUUGCUGAACGCAUCUCUGAGUUGGAGGACGAGAUGGACAAAUUGUCGAGCCGCAGCUCAUCAGCAGAGAAGAUCCCUGCAGAGCUGAAGUUCCCCAUAGAGGUAGACAUCCCGGGGGAGGAGGUCAAAAUCUCAGAAAUACAGGACAUCAUCGCUGCGGACUGCUCCAUGAGCUACGAGAAGUGAGAGGAAACUCUUCAUGGACUCUAAGGGACAUUUUUCAACGAGGGCACUUAUUCUGCUUUGAUGAGAUUGAAGACAAACGUCUCAGCAGUGAUGUUAAGGAGUUGAGCUCCUACAUCUCAUGACAGUGUUAUAUCUUUUUCUAGCCCAGCAAAGGUUGACUACGGGCAAUGCUUUUGGACUUCACUGCCUCUAAAAUGUAACAAGUUGCCUUAAUCAGCUGACAAGCUAAAGAGCCAAAAAGCCAAUGUUAACUGGAAGCUUCCAAAGAUGCGCUGAGCAUGGAGGCAGUCAGGUUCUCUCUGAGCAAAAAGUGAAAUAAAAAAAUAAAAGAGGGCAAUAACUAUUAAACCAAAGACAUUUGAUGUGCAGCAUAUGAUACUUGCAAUGUGAUGCAUUACAGAUGUUUGUUCACGUAGUCUAACAUAUUGGAGUUAAAUGGAGGUUGUGCCUAAAAGUGUCUUUGUGUGUCUGACUGUGAGCCAACACUAAUCACCCUCCCUAGCAGGAAUCCAAAGGAAUGUACGUGUGUGUGUGUGUGUGUGUGUGUGUGUGUGUCCGAGUUGUUUCUACCCAGCUAUACUUAAAUCUUGUUUGCCAGAUAAACAAGCACAAUGUACAUAGAGUUAUAACUGUACAUACAGAAGGGAAUGUAAACCUACUACUUACCUUUGAAUACAGAGAUUAAAAGACUAUAUAGAGAUGUAUUUUUAAAAACAUUUUGUAUGUUUUAUUUUUAUGUCAACAGGAAACUGAGGAGUGUGCCAAAGAUCCUUACAUGCUUUACAUACAAUAUAUGUAAUUUGUAAAAAAAUAAAAAUAAAAAUAAUAAUAAUAAUAAUAAAGUAUAAAUCUUUGACGAAGUAAAGACAUUUCUGUAUACUAAGAUUCUCUUCUUAUUCAUUCUGUAAUUCAUCCACUAUCUUCUGUCUG